ACUUGUCUGAGAAGAAAUGUAUAACUAUAAAAACUAAAAAGACACUGAUGUAUAACUAUAAAUACAAAAGACUUUACAUUCAAUAAGCACCCUCUCAUCUCUCUCUCUUACUCCAAGUAUUUAUUUUCAUCCAACCAAAUCUUCUUUGGUGAACCAUGGUCGACGUUGACCUGAGAACAACCGGUUUGACUCAGGCUCACGCAGCUGGUCUCCGCCGUCUCUCAGCCCGCGCCGCCGCUCCAUCAACUCCUCGGAUCAGAAACAGCCUUCUACCAUCGUCCACUUUCGCCGAUGAAAUAAUCACACGUAUAAAGAACUCAGGCAUCAAAGUCCAACCGGGUCUCUCCGACGCCGAGUUCACCCGAGUCGAAGCCGAGUUUGGUUUCGCCUUCCCACCUGACCUCCGUGUCAUCCUCUCCUCCGGUCUCUCCGUCGACGCAGGCUUCCCAGACUGGCGCUCUCCCGGAGCUCGUCUCCACCUCCGUGCCAUGAUCGAUCUACCAACCGCAGCUGUAUCGCUCCAAGUCGCGAAGAACAGUCUCUGGUGCAAAUCUUGGGGCCUGAAACCACCCGACCCGGAAAAAGCUUUACGGGUCGCGAGAAACGCAUUGAAGAGAGCUCCUUUGUUGAUCCCCGUUUUCGAUCACUGUUACAUUCCUUGUAGCCCGUCUUUAGCGGGUAACCCGGUCUUCUUCAUCGACGAAACUCGGAUAUUUUGCUGCGGGUCGGAUCUAUCCGAGUUUUUCCGGCGUGAAUCUGCUUUUCGCAUCACCGAAACUCUCACCAAGCAGCGCUCCGUGAGCGAGAUGUCUUCGGGAUCAUCCACGAACUUCUCUAUGAGGUGCAUAGUCGGGUCGGGUACAUCGAGAUGGGUGGAGUUUUGGAGCGAAGCGGCGGUGGAUCGCUGCCGGAGAAAAUCUGCAUGGUCAUCUCACUCUACAUCGCCGGACCUUCCAAGAAAGGAAACUCCGAAAUGGGUGAACCAGUACGUAAACCGGAUCGGUUCGAUUUUGAGAGGAGGCGGGUGGGAGGAGUCCGAUAUCGACGAUAUGAUCCACGUGUCAGCAUCUGGUUUCUUCGGGAGUGAAGUGGUAGUUUUGGACAACCAAGCGGUUCUUGAUGUGCUUCUUUUGAAUGUGGGUCGGUUGUCGGAGGCGCUCCGUAAAACCGGGUGGAGCUCCGAAGAAGUGUCGGAUGCUCUUGGUUUCGAAUAUCGACGGGAGAAAGAAAGAAAGCCGGUGAAGAAAUUAUCGACUGAGCUUAUAGAACGAGUCCAAAAACUUGGUGAAUGGGUUUCCCGGUUAUGAAACUUGUUCAUGCAUGUGUUAAUAAACAAAAACAAAGCUAUUUCAUGAUGUUUGUUUUUUUUGAUAAGGUAUUUCAUGAUGUUUAGAACACUAUAAUUUUCCUCUUUCCUAAUAAAAUUCAGUUCUGUAGUUAAUUUAAAGUAGACUACUAACAUUCGAGUAGUGAUGUGAUUUCAGAUAAUAACAUUUUUUUUUUGAAAUUUGGAUAUUAACAACGUACUGAAAUAUCAGCAUGCAUGCACGUGUGAGGACUUUCCAAACCACAAACGACGGCAAGGACGGCGUCGUCCGAACGC